GGUAUAAAAGGCCGCUGCUGGCCCGCACGUCUGCAUCCCCACCUUCGUUUUCAUCGUCAUCACCUGCCCAUCCUCCCAAGCCCGCUCUGCUCGUCGCCCCGGGCUGCAAGACUUGGCCCCCCUCCUGUCUGGCUCCUUUUCCCUCGCCGUCUGAACCCGAUCCCCUCCGAUCGUCUCUGUCAUCGUCAUCCUCGGUUCUCCAGGCCUCGCUUCCCCCCGUCCCUCGCUCGCUCCUUUGCUCUCCUCCCGCCCCCCAUGUCGACAUCCGCCCGAAGACGUCUCAUGCGUGAUUUCAAGCGGCUACAGACCGACCCGCCGGACAAGCUCAGCGGUGCCCCUUGCCCUGAUAACGUCCUCGUCUGGAACGCCGUCAUCUUUGGCCCCGAAGACACUCCCUUCGAAGACGGCACCUUCAAGCUGAUCCUCAACUUUGACGAGUCCUAUCCAACCAAGCCGCCGCACGUUCGGUUCAUCAGCAAAAUGUUCCACCCCAACGUUUACGCUAAUGGCGACCUUUGCCUUGACAUUCUGCAGAACCGAUGGUCGCCAACCUACGAUGUCGCCGCCAUCCUGACCUCGAUACAGUCGCUUCUGAACGAUCCCAACCCAAACAGCCCCGCCAACGCCGAAGCUGCCCGGCUGUUCCAGGAAAGCCGAAAGGAAUACGUCAAGCGAGUCCGAGAGAUUGUCGAAGAAUCCUGGCUGAGCUAGGCCAGAGGCCGGUCCUUGGUGCCCACGGAUCUGGACGAGCGCCUUUGCAUCCCAGAGCCGUCUGUAGUGGCCUCUCCAGCCCAUCAGCCUGCAUUUUUCGGGGCUGAUGCCGGUGCUGGGUGGCCGUCCCGACUUUUUCUCAUCUCGCUGUACCCCACAUCAUCGUUUGUUCACUCUUGAAUUGUAUUUGCAACCCUCACCCUGUCGAAAGUAUGAAUGGAACUCGGAAGCCAAUAAAAAUCAUCAACUUCA